AUGGUUAACUCCCUGGCCCUCUUAAACGCCGCUCGCACACCUCUGAAUGACCCGUUGUCGCCCAAGGCUGCCGCAAAGGAAGAAACGACGCAGCAGCGUCCGAUAUCAGGCCAACGCUCACCAGCUGUGCCUCAUUCCCCGGCACCGCCUGUGAAGACGACCGUCACUAAAGACUUCAGCUUUCUUCUGCGCCCAGAAAUAUACCACAACAUCAAUCCAACCAACAUCCCAGUUGCCUUUAGAAACUCGACCAAGCAACCACCAGCCGAUGCGUCAUUAGAAGAUCUCGUGGCCAAAGGCCACUUCCGAGCGGCCGCCAUUGCUGCCGUUCAAGAACUCACAGCCACUGGGAGCCCAGAGCGACGUAGUGUUGACCCUUCUGACUAUCACAGGAUAUUCAGCCUGUUGUAUACGCGGCUGGCAUGUCUGACGCUCAUCGACGCAACACCAAUAGCGGCGCAAGAGGUCAGGGCAUUGGAAGACCUCAACGCCGGUGUCUACAUUGAUGAGACCACCGGCGAGCACCUGGUGCCCUGGGAGCUGCGGGUUCUCAAUGUGCGGUUGCAGGCACUCGGCUUCAGUGAUCCGCGGAGGUCUGUCAUGAGCUAUCACGACUUGGCGAGGGAAGCGCGAGAGCAGAUUACCAAGGCGACGACUCGGCACGAUAACUCAGCGCGGGAGCUCUGGAAGGCACGGCUCACUGACUUGGGCAUUAACGUUACGGGCGCAUUGAUUGAGAUGGACGAUCUGGCUGGCGCUGCGCAUCACUUGAGUACGCUCAAGGACCGCGGCGAUGGCAAGAUGGCUCUAUCCCUGGCGCUUUUAUGGCUGCACCUCGGCGAUACGGAGGCCGCACGCGGCUGUGUUCGGGAUUCCGGAGAGGGCGGAAAGCAUGUUGAGGCGGUCGUCACCGCACUUUGCCAAAUGGCCGAUGGCGAGUACGAGGCAGCCCUGCAAUCCUGGCAGGGGCUGAAGGAGGAGUUGGUCGAUGAAAUGGUCGGAGUCAACCUCGCAGUCUGUCUCCUCUACACUGGCAAGCUUACGGAGGCCCGCUCCGUGUUCGAGGACAUGGUCAACACUGGCUACUCGUCGCACACUCUUCUUUUCAACCUCAGCACGACAUACGAGCUCUGCACCGAGCGAAACCGCAACCUCAAGCUAAGACUUGUCGACAAGGUCGCUGAAUUAGACGAGACGCCGCGUGGCUGGGAAAAGAACAACGCCGACUUCAAGUUGUAG